AACCAAUUGAAAACUUUUGAGCUGUAAUUUAAUCAGCCUUAUCCCAAUUCCCAAACGAACAAAUUUCUCCCCCAAUUUCCCAGCCAUGGCAACCUCAUCCAUAGCGAACCUCUUCUCUUUCUUCACCCCCUCAAAACCACCGCCACUCGCGCCCACGCCGUCGAUCAAGUUUCCGCCGUCUCAUCUCUCCGCCACCGCGCCGCCGGAAUCGACCAGCAGCAGGCCGGGGUGGGGCCCGCUAGCCGUGUCGAGUGAAGCAGCCCGGGAUGACGUCAUGCAGGUGGUGUGCCCGUCGCUGGCCAACGCGAACACUAUGUACUUCCGGUCGGCGUACAACGUGCAGGUGAUAGUGGACGAUAACGAACCGGACGAGAGGCUGCUCGGCCGGUUCAGGAGAGAGGUGAUGCGCGCCGGCAUCAUCCAGGAGUGCAAGCGCCGCAAGUACUUCGAGAACAAGCAGGACGAGAAGAAACGCAGGACUCGCGACGCCGCUAAGCGCAAUCGUCGCAGGAGGCCUUUUCAAGCGAAAUUUGCACCUCAGGAUAAACAAGAGGGUGGUAAGAAGAGAGAGGAUGAUGAUGACAACUGGGAACUUCCCGAAGGAAAUCUUCCUUCUUGAUCACAAUCCCAAUUUGUAACUUCUUCUCCCUUUCCUUUUCUUCUGCUGUUGUUGUUAUCUUCCUACUAUUUCGAAAGGCUUGUGGGAAAACUGAGGUUUCAUCGGCUUCCUUUGUGAUGAACUAAUCGAAGGUACUACUAUAUUAUUUUUUUGUAACAGAAUGUAACUGGGAUGAUGAGUCUGUGUUUGUUUCACUUAUUCAGUCCAGAUUGUAUAAUUGAAAUUUUAUUCAGUAAACUGUGUAUUGAGCUCGGUUGAACUUCCCCUGGAAAUAGAUAUUUAUUUGCAUUU